AUGAGUGACUCUGAGAAGCCAAUUCUUUACUCCUAUUGGAGAUCGUCGUGCGCGUGGAGAGUUCGCAUCGCGCUCAAUCUUAAGGGAAUUGAUUAUGAGUACCGAACUGUUAAUUUGCUUUCUAAAGAAGCCUUGGACGAUCUUUCAAAGUAUAACCCAGCCAGAUUAGUUCCAGUUCUUGUCGUCAAAGGUCAAUCGAUUGCGGAAAGUUUGGCUAUCAUCGAUUACUUGGAGGACGUCUACCCAGAAAAAUCACUGCACCCAAAAGAUCCCAUCUUGAAAGCCCGCGCCAAAGCAAUUUUCCUUCAUGUGGCUUGUGGAAUCCAACCACUCCAAAACCUAAAAGUUCUUCAAUUCGUGAACCAAAAAACUCCUGGAUAUGGUAGUGAAUGGAGCGCACAUUGGAUCACUUUGGGCCUUAAUUCGUUGGAGGAAAUGCUAAAAAAAGGCAGCGGAAAAUAUUGCGUUGGCGAUGAAAUCACUGUCGCAGAUCUCGCUAUCCCAUCAAUUGUGUAUAACGCAAAGAGAUUCGGAGUUCCUCUGACCAACUACCCAAAUAUUACUCGCAUUGACGAGGCAUUAGGGAAAAUUCCAGAAUUUCAGAAAGCUUGUCCGGAUGCUCAACCAGACGCUGGACUCAAUGCUAAAUAA